GCGCAAUAAAUCCUCUUUUAAGGAACGUACCCAAGAUCACUAAACAGUAUGAAUAAUGCUUUAAUUAUUUGAAUUGGUUAUUAAUACAGUUUCCAAGGGCUUAAAAUCGGGCUAAAACGAUAAAGGUACAAAUUAAUAAUAUAACAAGAACCUCAUUUGUAAUAAUAACACGUAACCGAGCGCCGCAACGAAAAAUAAUUGAAAAAACAUAACCUCAAAUUUUCGAAGCCCAUCUUAAAAUAACCUGAUAAGCAAGCAAACAAUGCAUUUAGCAGCUAAUUAAGUUGUAAUCAUGUUAAAAUCGGACUAUUACAAUGUGGUACGCCCCUCUCGUGAAAUUUCUACGACGACGAAUUGUACUUGGCAUAAUUUUCACGUUUUCGUUUACUUAUUGCGUUGUCAGUUUCAUUGGAAAGCCUGACUUUUUAGAAAAUGACGAUUUAGUCCCAGUAAGAAGAACCCAACCCUUCAUAUGGAGAACUUUACAACAACAUUCAACAAAUAGCGAUGGGAACCCUAUCUCCUGUCGAAAUUCAGUACAAGGAAAAGUUUUAAUAGUCGAUGAUCGGGGUUUUGUUUGUCCAAGACAUGAUGUUCAACACAACGGCUGUUGUAACGAUAAAAUUUUAACUGUGAUUCAAUAUUCCUGCGAAACGUGUCGAACCAAUGAUUGUUGCGCCAUUUACGAAUAUUGUAUCAGCUGUUGUUUACAUCCCGACAAAAAGGAUGUCUUAGAAAAUGUUCUCGGAAAAGCUACAGAACAAAACAACGUUCUUUUCGCCUCCGUUACGGACCAUUUUGAGCUGUGUCUAGCAAAAUGUCGAACCAAUUCUCAAAGUGUACAACAUGAGAACUCUUACAGAGAUCCCAAAGCUAAACAUUGUUUUGGAGAAACAGCACCUAGUACUAAUAACAUAGAUGGAGAUGAAGGUUAAAAAAAUGAUUGUUUAGUUUUUUUUUGUCAAGGUUAAUGUUUUUAUAUACUGUUUCUUGUGCCUACUUUACGAUUAUGUUGAAUAAAAUGCUUUAUUUCUUUAA